UUUGUUGUCAUACCUGACAAAAGAACUUCACACCACGAGAAGACUAACUGUUCUUACAAAGCUUAAAGGCUUCAAUGUUGCUUGUUAAAGAAUCUUUAGUUCUUCCUCGAUUCAUCCUAUCACUCGCUUUAUUCACCGUUGUAUACACCACGAAUACUUAUGAACCAGAUAAUUCUCAUGAGUUCGGUGCUCUCUCCAGCCCGACUCCGACAAAGGAGGGCCCUUCAGCAUCACAAGUGGCGAGAAUUGACGGCGACGUUUUCCUGGGAGGACUUUUCCCAGUUCACGCCAAAGGCAACGGAUCAUCUUUGUGCGGCGAACUAAAUGAACAGGUCGGAAUUCACCGUGUGGAGGCCAUGUUGUAUGCAAUGGAUCAGGUAAAUUUCUAUUUUCAUUUAAAUAUUUAUUAAAAGUUGCCUUGGUGUUGUACUUGCGCGUUCAGCGAAUGUGAAUAUUUUUUGCCGUGUAUCAGUCAAAUUUGGAUCCCAGCCAUCUACCACUUUCACAACAAUUAAUUCGUACUAUUUCGAAUUGAUAAAAUAAAAUGUAAGGACCGAGAUCUCGAUAAUUUACACAUAUCGCGUCCCUGAAAUUUGGGUAAUCAAGGAUCUAUAUUUAGCUCUGUUCACUGGAUGUCGCAAAAAAUUUAAAUCCAUCGAUUGUUGUGUCGAAAGUCUUCUCCAAGACAGCAGUUUUUUUACACGUAGUGCUUACAGGAAUGUUAAUCUGGUUCUGGGUUGUAGUAAGAUGGAAAUAAAAAGUCUUGAGCAAGCAAGGGACGUUUUUAAGCUAAAUAAGUAUUCGAUCUUAUUAUACAAUCAUUCGGACAAUCAUAUUGUACAUAGUUAUUCCUAUUCCUGUCUUUAUAUCAUUGACUGUGCCUAAUAAAAACAUCAUCCUUUGGUUUUUAAGAACUAUAUUGGUCCAUGAAUCUUUUCAAUGUCACUUUAAAUAUGCAUUUUUUUCCUAACAAUUUUAACUGAUACUUUUAUCCGCUUAUUGAAUGGUACAAUUCAAUAAUGCACGGCAGAAGGAUUUAUAAACGUUAGUUUCGUUUUUUUUUUCUGUUAAAAAAAAAUAGCUGAAAGACACCUUUUUUGUAGUGAAUCGAGUUUCUCGAUCGAUUUGAAUUUUAAUGAUAAAAACGUCAUCGUUGAUAAUCGGAUCAGUUUUGAAGUAUUUGUAAAUCGUUCGUCUGAUUUGGUAGACAAAAUUAUAUAAAGCAAACCGACCUCAGUAAUUUUAUAAUAUUUGCUAUUUAGCUGUCUCGUCAGUAACAAAUAUCAAUUCUAACACUUUCUGACGUUCCAUUCAAUAUUUUAUGGUCACAGAAUUUUCUCAAAAACUCUUCAAUUAAAACAGGAGGAUAUUUUUUUUUCUUUUCGAUACAGAUCGUCUUAAACUCGAGGAGUCUCUACUUUCUGUGACGUCAUGCUGUGCGUCACAGCAUGAGGUUGUUGAUAUUUGGAAUCAUUUCAAACUCAAUAGUUUCAUUGCAUGUCGGUAUCUGUGUCAUCAGGCUUUCAAACAACGUACACCGCGUGGCACCUCGACAAAUCAUAUUUGUAAAUGUCAAAAAAACGCUUCUUGCAUCUAAAGGAGCUACCACUUUCGAAAAGGUUUCCAAAAAUUAGUUCCUCUCGAGGAAUCGUCAAUUGUUCGGACAUUGUCGACUUGGUCUCGCUUGCUUUCCCGCCUUUAGCGCCAAGCGCCGUUCACGUGACGUGUUUUUUUAAGUUCUGAUUUGCUGAUAUUGUAGUCUACGUUUUCCUAUUACUGAGCUCAAACUUUCAGUAAAUAAAUAUUCGACUUGAUCUGUCAAUGCGUAUAAUCUUUCAGAGAUUCCAACCCUCCCGAUUUGAUCGGGAGUCUCCCGAUUUGAUGUCUUGCCUCCUGCUCUCCCGAUUUUUACCAAAUUCUCCCGAUUUAUCAUAAAAUUCUGAAAACUAGGGGAAAAUUGCUAAUCUUUAGAAUUUUUGGCGAUCUGUCACUGUGAAACACUCAUAUUAUACUUACUUUCUUCGCGAAGAGCAUUAUGGUAUGUUAUAACUCAGGCCGGAAUGAUGUCAAAAUUCAUGAAAUGGCACUUGAGAGAACCUAAAUUUGUAAAAUUUCCCGGGGGCAUGCCCCCUGACCCCCCUAGAAGCUCGCGCCUUUGGCACUAAUAAUUACUCCCUAUUUUCCAUCACAUGGGGUUGGAAUCUCUGAUCUUUAUUAUAUGACUCGUAAGAUAUGGUUUGACUAAAAGAAAAAGGGAAACAAUAACACUCAAAUUAAGGAAACUCAACGAAACAAAUACGAAACGAAAAACUGCUUACAAGAUUUAUGAGCCUGAAGGAAAAACGUGACAAAAGCGAAACGCGAAAACAACAAACUCGAGCAUAUGGUCUAGACCAUAAUAAGCAAACUAAACCCAGUACCGCGUAGGUAGGGCAAACUAAACAUGACGUAUAUUGCAAUCAACACUUUCUAUAAUUAAAACUUGCAUCCUACUGUAUUGAAACGUAAAACAACACUUUUCUUUUCUCUUCAAGGUGAAUGAAAACAGCACUCUUCUCCCAAACAUAACCCUGGGCAUGGAAAUUCGCGACGACUGUGGAACAGUAAACACUGCUUUGGAACAGUGCCUGAACUUUGUGCUUGGUACACUGACCAAUAGGGAAGAAAUAUGCAGUUCCCUGGUAGGGACCCCUGAGGUGAAGAAAAAAGCUGCUCUGGUGGGGGUGGUGGGGCCAUCGUACAGCAUUACUACAGUACAGGUAACACGACUGUUUGGGGAAGUUUACAGCCCCUAUUUGGGUUAUAAGUGGUAUGUAUCUCUACGAUUGUAAUAAUCAUAUUGUGACUACACUGAGGUUAUAACAGUGGUAUCAUUUGCAUUAUAGGUGGCCAGCCUCCUUCGUCUGUUUGAAGUCCCGCAAGUCAGCUAUGCUGCAACAAGCGCUGAGUUGAGCGACAAGGACAGGUUUGAAUACUUCGUGCGAACUGUCCCCCCGGACUCAUAUCAAGCGCGAGCCAUGAUAGACAUCAUUACAUUCAUGAACUGGCCAGCGGUCUUCGCGGUUCAUUCGCGCGGCAGCUAUGGUGAACAGGGAAUGGAGAUCUUGGAAAAGUUCUCGGUUGUGAGCAACGUUUGUAUUGCUGACCAUCGGCAAUUAGAACCAGAUUUUACUGAGGAGGAAUAUGACCAGAUCAUAGAACGAUUUCUUACAGAGAAGGAUAUUCGCGUUGUUGUGAUGUUUUGCAAUGCUGAAGAUCUUCGUUCAAUGCUCCAAGCCGCUAAAAGAGCGCAGAAUCGAGGCGAGAAGAAGCGGUUUAUCUGGCUUGCAAGUGAUUUUUGGGGGACAAGACUUCGUCAUGUUGAAGGUUUGGAAGAUGUCGCUGAUGGCGCCAUUACCAUCGAAUUUCAAACGUUUGACACGCAAUUAAAGCCAUUUUACAAUUAUUUUUCGAAGCUGAAUCCACUGAACAACUCAAGAAACCCUUGGUUUAAAGAAUACUGGGAGAAGCGUUUCAAUUGCAAAUUUGGAAAAGGCCCGUUGUCAGGAAAUCCUCGUUGUCUUUUCCCAGAGAAUCGUUUUUCAGUUCUGGACAGAUUCGAUGCUAAAGUUCCUUUUGUCAUCGAUGCGGUGUUUUCAUUUGCGCACGCGCUUCAUGCUAUGCACCAAAAUAUCUGCGGCCCAGUGCCAGGCCUCUGCUCGGCCAUGAAGAAAUUGGAUCGCUCUGUGCUAUUGUGGUAUUUGCGGAACGUGUCUUUUAAUGGUACAACUGGGCUGGUGAAAUUCGAUGCCAACGGCGACAGUGCUGGAAAGUACGACUUCUACGUAUUUAGAAACUCUUACAGUGCUUACUAUACGAAACUGGGAAGCUGGGUCGAAGGAAAAUUGACGAUGGACUCUCACGAACUUUACAGAGCAAAUAACUACCUUGAAUCACAUUGUGGAAAGCCUUGUGGACCCCACGCUAUAAGGCGCAUACGCGAUACGGUCUGCUGCUGGACAUGCGAAGACUGUGACGCAGACUCUUACGUUGAAAAUGACUUCACGUGCAAGACUUGUGACAAGGGAACUAGGCCAAAUGCUACGUUCGACGGCUGCGAACCUUUACAUGAAGUAUAUCUCGACAAAGUGUGGAUAGUUGUAGUUGGCGUAUUUGCGUCUCUAGGAAUUCUUGCCACUGUCACUGUUUGUGUUGUGUUUCUUAAAUUCGCUCAAACACCGCUCAUAAAAGCUUCAGGACACGAAUUAUCCAUUGUCCUUCUUGCUGGAAUACUACUUUGCUACAGUUUUGCUUUCGUGAUGGUUUCGAAUCCAGGCAAAGUUGUCUGUGCGAUUCAAAGAUUUGGAAUUGGUUUGUGUUUCUGUGUGUGUUAUUCUUCCUUAUUAGUGCGCACGAAUAGAAUUGCGCGCAUUUUCAGCGGGAUAAAAUCACCUUCUUUCAUUAGCCCAAAAUCUCAACUUCUCAUAACUGCCGUUAUAAUUGCUCCGGAGCUCGCCAUGGCCAUCACAGAGCUCUUGAUUCGACCGCCGAAGGCCAUGGCAUCAUACGAGCAAAAAGACUUUGUACUUAUCAAAUGUAACAUAAGUACUGUUGGAAUGGUAAGCUUGUUCGGCUACAAUGCCGUCCUUAUAAUAUUUUGCACAUAUUACGCGUUCAGAACUCGUAAAACCCCGUUGAAUUUUAACGAGGCUAAAUUUAUUGGUUUCUGCAUGUACACAACAUGCGUGAUAUGGAUCGCUUUCGUCCCGGUGUAUUAUGGAAUUGGAGGAGGAUUCCAAGCCAUCGCGCUGGCUUUCAGCUCUGUUAUCAGCGCUACAACAAUCUUAAUCUUUAUCUUCUUGCCAAAAGUCUACAUUGUGUUAUUCAAACCCGAGAAGAAUAUCAGGAGCAAUUCCAGACUGCGCUCAAGAUCAAAGUCUUUUGACUUAAAUGUACCGGAGGCAGACAUUGUUUUCAAUGGUAAGUCUUCGCUGAAUGAACACACAGCGGUCAAACGUCUACGCACGUGCAAACGUUGUGACGAAGCGCGCUUUCAGUUUGUCAGAACCAAGUUGUCUCACACGAGUAACAAACAACCACACAAUCCAGUGAUAAGUCACGGUGUUUGAAAGCGAAUAACUUUUGUAGUAAAGCCCAAAACAAAAUGUCGGAUCAACAAGAUACCCGCACUUGAUUAAGCUCUGUGUUCGAGUUUUCAUUUUCCCCAUUUCUCUUCCCUUUUAAAAGAUUCCUAUGAACUUUUUCAAUUAUCAUAUACCUAUUUUGCUAGACAACGGUUGAGUCCAAUGCCUUUCUCUGAAAUUUUGUUCAGGAGAUUGGCGCGCGGCCGACCAGAAUUUAUCUCCUUUAGCGUGCCUCACGUUUGACCGCUUGUUUGCCGAAUGUUGAUUUCCUCUCUCUCCAGCUCGAUCUCACGAGCAAAAACUUUUUCUUACCGAAAUGCAAAGCCCCUCAAUCUCCCCUGAAACCAAAUCUUCAAUAUUUACUCCUCGCUCGUACCGUUUUUGUGUUCUUUACCCAAGAAAUGCUAUUUUCACUGGGUUUUUAGUUAUAAGAUAUCUUAAAUAUACGAUUCUGCAGGUCAGUCUUUCCGCAAGUUUAACGGCAGCGUCCCCUCGACGCCAAGUUUAAUCACGAACAAAACGAUCAAGAACGGAGGAACACAGCAUCAGAGUCAACCUCAGGUACCCAGUUUCACGGCAAUUUGACUUCUGAAACUUGGCACUGUUUCUAAGGACGCUUGAAAACAACAUGAAUAUGUCCUUCAUCUCCAGAGACAGAACCAUUCUCGAUAGAGAUUGGAUGAUAGUGAGCCAAUCAGAAAGCAGAGCAAAAAAAGCGGGAAGAUGAUCUUUGUUGAAAGGUGUCGGUACGCAUGCCACCCAUAAAAUGUUGUAGGAAAGAGUAAUAUGGAUCCGGUGAAAAGCGCGGGAAAACAAGUCGCGGGUGGAAAGAGCGAGGGAACAUGGCGCAAUUGAAAAGUGCAGAAAACAUGUUGCAGUUGGAAAAGGAAGCUGAGCAGACUGAAAUAAAAGGCGCAGGAAUACAGAAGACAAAAGUCAAAGUUUAUGGGAAAUAAAAAUCAUCUAACCGAUGCUAACGGCGAAAACUUAUGCGUGCACUAUGAUACAGAAACCAAUGGUCCCGAAAGAAGCAAGGAGUCUCAACUGUUAUAACUGAUAUCGUAUUUUCUAAAGCAUCUUUUGCAAAUGGCGGUUAUGCCAGCAAAGGCAAUUUGCUCACCUGAUUCGGUUGUAAAAUAAUAAUUUCAAAUUUGUCGUGGGUUUAUCUCGAGAUGUGUCAGAUAAAUAUAUCAAGAUUGUCAAUUAGUGUAAUUGUACAGAACACUUUUAAAAUGUUGGCUAAUUUGGUGGAGAAAAAAAACCAGUAGGGUUCCCACGGAAUAGUAUAUCUUUCAAAUUGAAAUUUACCUUUUCUGUAAUUUUUUCCUCAUCAUAAUUUUCGAUGAUAAAAAUUUUCUUUGACAUGCGGAUGAUAAUAAAUUUUGUUUCGUUUAAAAACAAACACUGAAACAAUCAAAACAGUAUGAUCAGUUUCCUCUUCGUGAAAGAAGAACCCUCUAAACUGCGCCACUUUCGUCACGAAUGGCUUCGUUCUCCGUCUAUAGUAGCGGUACAAACUAGUACUUGGGAGGCAUGAGUUCGAAUGUCGUCGGAAACUGAAUUUUUUUCAGACUUCUUCUCUGUAAUUGCUUCAAUUGCAGCUCGCUUGCGAGAAUCAUUGAGGUUUACUUAAGUUUUUUUUCCAAUUCGCUCGGGAAAUUCUGUUGAGAGGUUUACCUCCUCGGAGGUGAAGAAACGCAAACUUUAAAUAUAUAAUUCAGAUUUUGGCCCAUGCUUUGAAAUAAUCUUUUGGUAUCAGAAAAGAUUAUGGUUGUUGUAACACGAGU